GAAUGAAAGCCGCACACUCUGGUCGAGGAGUUUCCUGUGAGUGCGCACAGAGAAUCCGAGCAGUACAGUACAUAGGAAAUGACUCAUAGGAGUUGAACUGUUAGCGUGGGUGUGUGCGCUAUUAAAACAAGGCGCAGACUCCUCCGGGUGACUCACUCUGAUGCUCGCUUUUCCAUGCUCAAACCCAGCACAGCACGGAUUGUUAAUCAGAUGAACUUUCGGGAAUCGUGUAGCCGACAGCGAGCAGCUUUUCUCCCGCAGACAUCAUGACUUCCAAUACUCUCUGCGCGCUGUGCGGACUUAUUAUAGCAGCUGUGACCAAUUUCUACGGCGUGAGCGCACAGAAAAGUAAGAAAAAAUAAUCACUUUUUAUUUCAAAAAAACUUUUUAUCUUCUUAUCUCUUAAGUCAAACUCUAUUUUAAUUAGUUUGUCGUUGUUCUGUUAUAUUACUGAUUUUGUUCAAUACGCAUAAGUGAGAUGUUUGUGUUUCUGUGAACAUGAAUAACAGUCCGGUGGUCUGUUCUCCCAAUAAUGGAGUCAGAUAGUGGGUCUGCCUACAAAGCCGCUUCCUUUACCAGCUGCAUUUCUCACCGGUUCCGCAUUCCGAUCUUCUUAUUUCACCCCGUCCAUCCGUACCCCGGGGAGAGAAGGACCGGCCACAUGGAGAGGGCACACUACCGGUGUCCAUUUUACGCAUAAUCACAUUUUCCUGACGCCAAGAAUCUUAAAGAUAACAUGCCCUUGACUUUGUGUCCCGGGCAGCCUGAAGUUUGGAUUUCAUCCCAGCAGGGAACACGAGACUCUGGUUGCACUGAGAACAUGAAAUCUUGAAUAAUUACUCUGCUCAGGAUUUAUUUCCUCAGGCGUAAAUGUUACCAAGUGCAUUUUUAAACAUGCUUAACUCCAAACAUGCUCCAUCUAGAGUCUCUCCGUGAGAAACUAUCUCUACAUCUGGACCUCAGCUGUAGAUCCACCCACCCCCUUCCAGUUUAUGACCAAACACAGCACCCCCACACCCAAAAAACAACCUCUGUCAGGCUAGGUGCUGAGAUCUGCCAAGGUCGCUUGGGAAAACAAAAAAAAUGGCUCUAAAUUUGUUCCAGAUUUUAAGUACAGGAACAAUGAGAGACUUUUCAAAGCUGCCAGACUGAAUCACUUCUUUCUUACCCUUUAAUUUAAGCGCAGAAACAUGUUGCAUCAUGGGUGUAAUCAGCAGGUUGAGGUUCAGAUGUGGUUUGUGUUUGAACAGUGGUCAACCAGCAGUCAAGGUUCAGUUCCUUUCACUGACCUUUUGAACCUUUGCAGUGAGAGUCCAGAUGACCCUGUUGGAUGAUGUCAGGCUGAAAUCAGAAUGGGAAGUGCUUACAAGAACUGUGACACAUUUUUUCUGUGACCACGGCUGUAAAAUGAGUCAGUCCAGCUCUGCUAGCGGGCGGCCUGUGAGUCUCCAGGGGACCCAAGCAUGUGGCUGUAACAUUAACAGAGUGAGAGGUCAGAAUGCCUUAAACAUGACUUGCUGAGCAGGUGCCUUGUGACUCCAGCUGGUUCAAUAAUGACCUGUACUGAUUGUUUGACAAGUUAUGUGGCUGAUGUGAACCGAAUGAAUUUUCAUUCUGGGCCUGAUUUUGAUCUGUUAGGAUGUUUGUUUCCAGGUGAUGACAGGAACCUUGGCUAUUACACUGGAGUCAGGGUUGUAGGAAAUCUGCCCUGCUUAGUUAUGCACCCCAAGGUCAAAAUUAAACCAUCAGGGCCUUGGAUACGGUGGUUUUGAGUCUUAGGCUUGGCGUGCAAAACACCUGAUACUAAGUUCACACAGUUCAACCAAGGGCCUACUUCUUUUAAAGUACAUACCUGCAGGGUGCAUAGCAUGCUUUCUGUUGAAAAGGUAACAAAAAGGUGUACGCCCUAACAAAGAUAACCUCUGUGACAUCACUUUGACAUCUACCUGUCAAAAUAAGAUCAAUAUCAAGGGAGUUAAGAGCAUUUUCAACACUUUCUGUGAGGUGAAUGUUAGCCCUUAAAACUAUCUUUGGUUAAAACAAAACAUUUAUAAAACUAGACUCUCCCACUACUUGUGAGCAAUCUUUACUUCUGUACCACUGAAUCCCAUUGACUCACAUUUUACUUUUUAUCUACCACUCCUGUCUACGACUACUCCAAAAUCCAGUCACGUUUCAAUUAUCUAUCAUUUACAAUUGGAACUCAGACUUCUUAUGUAGUUACAUUUGUAAGACUGUUUCAGGCUUUGGCAGGUAAACUAUCCAAAGAGAGUCCAACAAAGCCACUUUAAUACUACUUGUGGAAGCUUUAAAUAAAAGAUUGACAUUCGGUAAAAUAACUGAAAUCUAUACACUUCAUUCUUGUUUAAUUUCUCUGUAACUUUGAAGCAUCUGUUGUAGUCUCACUUUAUUUGUUUGUAUCAUAGCUUAGAAACUCAGCUGGAUGCCACAAUACUCCUCUUCAGCUGAACUUCUUACAGUCAUCCCAUUACUUUUGUUUCACAUCAGACUCACCUCUCUCAUAGUUUUGGUCUUACUUUCAUGUGUGAUUAAUCCAGUGAGUAUAAAGUUACCGCAAAUGAUGAGUCAACAUAGUUUCAGAGUUGGUCCCUGCCACAACAGUCCAUGCAAAUACACACACAACUCUAACAAGGAAGAAAGUUUAUCAUUUCAUCUGUUUAAUAUCUGCAAACUAGUUCCUGUUGCUUUGUCAUGUCUAGUGUUGUUUCAUUCAUUCAUUCCCACAGUUGUACUAUUCUCUGUGUAAAGUUGAACUGCUGUGUUUCAGUUUGUGAGCUGAAUACAUUAAAGUUUUCAGUAGGUUAUUAUUUCAUCUCUUCUUCACCCAUGAGCAAGACAAUAGACAAUGUGGCUCAUGCCCACAUAUUUCAGGUUAAAACAGCAUACUUGUUCGCCCACACCCUGCAGACUUUUCUCCUUCGCUAAGAAUUGAAGAUUUCCCUUAUUCCUAGAGCCUCACUACCAGUUUUCUACUAUCUCGCUCUCGGUUAAUAGCUGCGAGUGAGUGGCGACUUGAGCUGUUGUGAUAAAAUAUCUUGUUUUAACUUAAAAUAUUCACAGAUUUCCAUCUGAAUCUUUUGCUGUUAAUUAUCCCAACCAUUACUAUAUUAACUGCCACGUAAAGAAGCGAUAAAGGUUUGUGAGAUGAGCUUAUUUUCUAAGACUUGAAACAGUUUGUCAUAACAGCAUUUGAGCUUCCCACCCUGAGGGAGAACUCAGAGAAAAAUGUUCUCUGUAUGAGGUUGGUUUAUUCUUAAUGUAGGGUUUGUUUAUUUUGUCAGCUAAAAUAAACCUUUUUUCAUGUAUGACCUUGAAUAUUAAUGCACUUGUGUCUUCAAACAAAAGCCAGGAUGCUUGAGAAGACCACCAGCUAUUAAAACACUGAAACAGUCUCUCUGCUCAGCUUGUUAUCGGUGCGUCAUAUCAUCCUGCUAAUUCCUUCCGUAUCAUCUGGGAAGUGCUCAGCUUUAAUUGUUCAGCUGUCUGCCUCCUGUAAGAGGAGAUGGAGCUCUCCAUUGUGUCCACAGACUUAGAUAUGUACCGUCUGAACUUCUCACAGUCACGUUUGGUUUUUCUCUAGAAGUCGCACACGUACAAAGAAGCAAAACAAUUCAAAGGAAACGCUAAGUAAAAAUCACAUCCUGCUCUUCACACACUGCCUGCAUGUUCACACACCAAAAGUCAUUGAGUAAUACUCUCAUCGAGCAGUAACUUUGCAUCAGCAUGUCUGAGCCAAAGGAAUUUCCCAGUUUCACUUAGCAAGAAGCCACAAAAGUUCCUCAUGUGUUUUGUUACGGUCACACGUUGUACUGUCUUAGCUUAGAUUUUCCUGCAAGUCACCUGGUUACUGUUUGUUUAAGUUUCACUUUAUUCCAGAGUUAGGGAAUUUUGGUUGCAUCAUCUCUAAGUAUUACCUCCACUUCAUAACUUUCCAGACAGUUAAGCAGUGUGAAUUAUUUCAUAAAUUGUGGAAAAUGUUGUGCCCGGAGCCCUGCUUUGACAAAAUGUUUCCUACUCAAAGACAUAAAAGUUACAUAACUAACACAUGCUUCUUUCUGUGUGCAGGUCAGUGUGGAAAUUCAGAGUUUUGGAACUCGGAUAUUGGUGUCUGUUUGUCGUGUUCAUCGUGCAAACAGUACCCAAAGACACCAUCAUGCAACACAUGUAAGACAGAGAAUAAAAGAAUGAAUAUGUUACUGAAUAUCUGGCAGUUAUGCUCUGAUAGUUUACACACUUUUGGCACUAUCAACAGGUAAAUCUGUGGACGAGCCAUAUGAUGGUUGGAAGCUGGCAGCCAUCACAAGUUUCUCAGUGCUGGCAGUCGUGUUGGUUGGUGCUGCGCUGAUUAUCGGGAUCAUGGUGCAUCGACGGAAGUCACACAAGCGGCCUCUACGUGGUAAGAUGAAGUGCAAGUUUUAGGACAAGGACACAAACAGCUGUUACAAUUGUUUCGUGUUAUCUGGUCAUUUCUGCUAAGAAAAAAAAAAGAUGAACAUAAUUCACUAACAGAAGGGUUUCAUAGUUUACUUCAAACCACUGUGCCAUUACUGUGUAUUUUCUGUAAAGGAAUGAAGCAACACCCCAUUUGAGUGACUUAUAACAGGGAUAAAGAGCCGUUAUUUAUGAGAGGAUUACUUCAGUUGAGUAAUACUUCAAAAGAGCGUGUCAUGUCCCCGGUGCAAGUGUUUCUUGGUAACAAGAGAACGCAGUGUUCAAUUCACUGUUUUGGCAUGCAGAGUUUUGCAGCUGUCACAGAAAGUCAAAAUUGAACAGAAAACAUCUUUUCCUGCCUGUGUUGUUGAGAGACAACAGGCUUUUUCAUCCAAGAAGCCAUUUUUACACGUUACAGUGGGAAAAAACUCAACUGUGAAUAAUAAAAAUGAGGGCGGCUGCUCUUGGUAUGACUGGAUCACUGUUUAUUUUCUUUAUCACUGGUUACUGAGACACUGGUCAAAAUACAAGAAAAUGAAAAUGAGAUUUUUGUUUUGCUGAAAAAGGAAUAAUCUUCCUUUUUAUUGUUUUAUUGCAGAACCUAUUGAGGAAACAGCGGGGCCACUUUAUCAAGCUUAAACAUUUCAGUAAGUGUCACCUUCACUUGUCUCAACUGAGAAGAGAGAGUAUAAUAGUUCAAAGAAACCUAGUUAGUCUAGACUAUUAACCUUUGGAACAAAUAUAUUUAUUUCAUCAAAUCAAGCCGUUUUGGGUGCUAAAGUAUUUUUCAUAACAAUGUGCUCGCUAGCUACGUAUUCGUUUGAUGCAUAUAAACUGCCACAAAGUCUUGUAGACAAAAGUUAAAGGUCUGAGAAGAACGACAAAUUAGGUUGGACAAUCGUGAUGAAUAUAUAAGAUUUCAAUACUUUUACUGCUUAUUUGUCACGUUUUGGAGUAAACCAGACAAACUUUAGCAUUACAAAAAACUGAAUCAUUUAAAUCUCCUGGUUUGUUGGUUUGGUGAAUGUUGAGAGAAGUUAAUAUAUAUUAUGCUUUCCACAGCCUCAUCUUCCUCUGAAAACAGAUGUGACAGAAGCAAGGAGCGGCUGAAGCAGAGCCGGACGGAGGAACCUCUGGACCAUAAACUGUGUACUCUGACUGCAGGGUAUCUCCUCUCCAGAACCGGACCAUUUUUAUUUAUUAGAAGAGAUGUGCUUGAGGUCUUCCUACUGGAGUUACAACCUGUAACUCACACCUCUUUAGGAGUAGAAACAACAUCAUAUCAGUGGUAUCAUUCUCAGAUUAUGUGGGCCUUCAUACUCCUCUUAUAUGAGAUUUUUUUGAUGUAAAAAACCUCUUCAGGGUUUAUAAAUGGUUGAUUUAGAAACAAGAAAAAGCGGUCUUCCUUUAGAGAGAUGGAUACUUUCCAAGUCUUCCAUUGUGCUGUUGUCCAGCAGGACUCCAGUGAAUGUAACACAGCUACUGCUGCCUGCUGGGCCGCAGUUUGAUCUCCUGCUAUUCAGCGGGGCUCGACGGGGUCUUUCUGCCGGUCAGUUACAACAACAGCCUCUUUAAGAUCAAUCACAUGUGAGUAAGACAAACUGUUCGGCACAUUAAGGCCAUUUGAAUGUAGCUACCCUCACAGAAAUGUAUCCUAGCCUUUUGCCCUGCCAGUACCUCAGUGUACCUGUUGUUUUUGUAGCCUGAUACAGUGAUAAAGCUGGUGAUUAACUGUACUCAUCCACUGUUACAGCCUGUUUGGCCCAACUCUUACCCGACCAUUACAUCGUUGCCUUGUAUCUUUUAAUAUUUCAGUGCUUCAGAGAUGUCUGUGUGAUCUUUUUGCUCUUGAACAAUUCCAGAAAUUAUACAUUUUCUGUCCGCAGAGAGCUCUUAGGACAGGAUGUUUGAAACACUAGACACAUGCACCCAAACUGCUAACAUGUGGGAAUGCUGCGAGGAAUGUACUGUAGUGAAGGAAAUGACACCUACAGAGUUUUAGGUGGAGCCACACAAUCACCAUGCUUGCUGACUCCCAGCAUGCAACGGGGCAAAAAGAUAAACGCUUGGAUGUCUUUUAUUUUGUAGCCUUUAAAAAAAGAGAAGCAAAGGAUAGGUUGCCGUUUUUUCACUUCUCUCAUAACUCAUGCUGUUUUUUUUGUUUAAAACAUUUCACAGUAUGUAGUUACUCAUUUAUUGUGUGUGACUGACAAUGUUUCAGGUCAUAUUAUUUUGGAUCUGUCUGCUCAUUGCCAUUCAGGUGGCAAAAUCACUUCAUACCCUCCCUCUUCUUCCCUUUCUUAUUUCUGUAAAUGUUAAUAUUAUUUAUUUUUAAGGUAUCUUGCAGAGUUGUCUCACAUCAUCUGCAGGUGACAAGCACACUUUCUAAGGGACUCCAGUGAAGAUUUGUGUUAAACUUCCAUAAGGCCAGCCAAUAAUGUUACUGAGCAAUAACUAACAUUUUCUUCUUUCUUCUCUUGCUUUCUGUUACUAAUUGUAAAUACUGUACAUGCACUGGCUUUUUUCUUACUGCAAUUUUCUUACUUGCUUUAUAUACCAAAUGUAUUUUCACAAUAAAACUGACAACUUCCAAUGAU